AUGAUAAAUAAAGAUACUCCCACUAAAUCUCCUCCUUUUAAGUCUGGAUCAGCUCAAGAUGGAAAUUUAGAUAUGAGCGAAACAUCAGAUAUGGUAUCAAUUGAAAAUUUUGAAUUUUUUCUUGAUCAUGUAUAUAGUGAUGUUUUAUCAUCUUACUAUUUUAAAACAUUAAUCGAACAGGAAAAAAUUUUAAAAAAAGAAGAUUUAAAUAAAAUAGUUGAUGGUGAUAAAGACAAUGAUAAUAAGCAAGCUACAAGAAUUAUAAAUACCCAGGAUAAAGAUAAAAGAAUAGAUAUUAUAAAGCAGAUUAUGAAUUCCAAAAUUAGAGAUUAUAAAACAAAAGUUGAUAAUUUUGUUUUGGAAAGUGAUAGCUUUGAAGUUUUUAAAAUGAAAUAUAAUUAUGUAGAAAAAUUAGAAAAGCCAAACCCAAACGAAGAAACUGCAAAAAUAAUAAAUUCGGGGUUUAACAAAAGUAUUUCAGAAUAUUUAAGAUCAACAAUUUCAAAACUAAACGAUGACGAGUCAUACAAAAAAUGGAUAUUUCAAAUAGGUCAAACAAUUUUAGAUAUGUCACAAGUUUAUUCAGAUUUCAAAAAAUCAAGUCAGAAUGAGAACAUUAAUAUCAAAGAAAAAUUUCACCUCCUUAGAUACUAUUACACUGAAAUCAUUGAAAAAGUUAAAAAGAAGCAAUCUAAAACCUUUGAAGGAUUACGGAUUUUACAUCUAUUGGAUGAUAUUUUUCUUAGAAUUUUUGUUUGGAUUGACAAAAAACCAAAUUCAAAUACAGAUUCUGUUCUUUUAAGAAAUGCAUUUUCCCACUUCAAUAUUGUGUAUGACGAGCAAUCGUUGGGUGACUCUGGAUUGGAAUUUGAAAAAAUAUUCUUAAAGAAUAAUUCAAUGGCUGAAUUUGAAAAUUUUAAAAACAGUUUAAAAGAAGUAACUUGGAAAAACACUCUAAGAAUUGUUUUUUAUAAUCAAAAAACUUCCAAAUCCGAAGCUGAUGCAAUGCUAGAUACAAACUGCUAUCAAGUUUGUAGGUAUUUUAUGACUUACUGUCAUUGUUUGUUUGCCAUUUUUUCAAAUGAAUUAAGUCACGUACCAUUUUCAAGAACAUUAUUAGAAGAAUAUGAAUCUGCAUAUCAACUAAAUGUAGUAGAGAGUAGCAUCAACACUUCAACAAAACUUGCAAUUGAAAUUAAAAAAGGUUGUGAAAUUAGCAUCGAAAAAGACGGUUCCAUUACAAGUGAUUCGGAAUCAUUUAAUAAAAUUUGUGAAAAACUUAAUAUCGAUCCUAAAUAUCCAAUUACAGGACCUAUUAAUAAGUUAAAAUUAGAGGGAGAUCUAUCAAUUGACCAAGAUGGUAACUUUAAAAUAGAUGUUGGAAAAGAUUUUGGUGAAUCUGGUGUUGUGGUUGGAUUAACGUCUUUUAGUGAUAUACUUGUUACUUCCAACGGCUCGGUCACUGUAGACAAUGUAGAAUUGCCCAAAGGAAAUAGUAUAAUGAUAUAUGGAGGUAAGAAAUUAUUAAUAAGGGGGGAAAAUGGUACAAAUAUCAGUUACCAAAACAAAUCAAAUUAUUGUUCGAUUACAAUAAGCAAUGGCUCAAUAGGCACAGAAUAUUUAAAAAAUGAUGAACCAUUUCAAUUAUUAAUUAAAGAAUGUGGUAGAUUGAAUAUUUCUGCUGAUGUGGAGGUCAAUGGCAAAGGAAAAGAAUUUUCAAUUAACACAAUUGGAAAAUCUGGAACACUUUCCUUUAAACAAUUUAUUAAGUGUUCAGGAAAAAACAUUUCUUUAUCUGCUCCAAAACAAGAAAAUAUUUCCAAUUCAAAAUUUAAAUCCUCAGGCAAUUUGACCCUUGUAUCAAAUGAUAGUGUUAAAGCAAUUAAUUAUCAAUCACUUACAAUUGAAUCGAAAAAGGGUACCAUAAUGGCCACUGUAACAAAUAAUAGAGAACCUAAAAAUUUUAUAAAAAUUUAUUCUCACAAAACCGACCAUAUGAUCAAGAAAAUGAAUGAAAAACUUAGGAUGGAAAAUUUUCCAUUAAUGUUACACAAGAGCGAGGUUAGUAUAUUGCAAAAUAAAAUUAUAGAAUUAGAAUCAAAAAUAAGACAGUUGGAAACCGUUCAAGGAUCAACAAACCAAAAUAAAAACAAAAUUCCUUUGACCUUUGAUGAUGAAUAA